UAAACACCCCUGCAGUAAUCCUGGAGAAUUCCCAAAAGGAACAAGUGGGGAAGGGAAGCUUAAGCUAAAAGAGCUCUAUAUCAAUUUCCAUGGCGUCGCGUUCCCUCUUUCUUAGUCUCAGACGGAGAAGCAGCCAACGGUGCAUGUCGAGGCUGUUGUCUUCGGGCUCCGUCAGCACCGAAUACACGGACGAUUAUAUAAAUAAUUCGGAAACCGAUGAUCUGAGAAGCCGCAUUUUCCGGUUGCGCCUUCCGAAACGGAGCGCCACCUCCGUUAUAGAGAAAUGGGUGGGUGAGGGCAACCGGAUUUCCAUCUCUGAUCUCCGCCAAAUUUCUAAAGACCUUAGAAAAUCUCAGCGUUUCAAGCAUGCUCUCGAGAUAUCAGAAUGGAUGGUUAGUCAUGAAGAAUACAAGUUAUCAGACACUGACUAUGCUAUUCGUAUUGACUUGAUGACAAAAGUUUUUGGUAUUGAUGCUGCUGAACGCUAUUUCGAAGAUUUACCUCUGACUGCAAAGACAAGUGAAACUUACACUGCUCUUCUCCACUCUUAUGCUGCCGCAAAAUUGACUGAAAAGGCCGAAGAACUUUAUGAGAGGAUAAAGGGGUCAAAGCUCUCGUUCUCUGCCCUUCUCUACAACGAGAUUAUGACUCUGUACAUGUCAGUUGGGCAGGUCGAGAAGGUUUCUUCUGUUGUAGAAGAACUGAAGAGACAGAAAGUUGAACCGGAUAUCUUUACUUACAAUCUUUGGAUAAGUUCAUGUGCUGCAGCUCUAAACAUUGAUCAAGUUCAAAGGAUUCUGAAUGAAAUGAGAUGCGACUCCGGUUGCAAUGAUGAUUGGCAGAGAUAUAUCAACCUUGUAAAUAUUUAUGUAACUGCCAGCCGUCUUACAAGUGCCGAUUCGAUCUCUCCUAUCGAAAUAGAGAAAGGCAUCACACAAAGAGAAUGGAUAACGUACGACUUUCUUGUCAUGCUGUAUGCAGGCUUGGGGGACAAAGAUAAAAUUGAUCAGAUAUGGAAAUCUCUAAGAAUGACGAAACAAAAAAUGACAAGCAGAAACUACAUAUGCAUUCUUUCAUCGUAUCUGAUUCUUGGGCAUAUGAAGGAAGUGGGAGAAGUUUUUAAUCAGUGGAAACAGUCGACAACCACAGAGUUCGAUAUAUCUGCCUGUAACAGCGUUUUGAGUGCAUUUGAAGAUGCCGGGUUGAUGGAGAAAGCCAACGACUUACAUAUGCUUCUGAUUAGUGGGAACUGCAGUCCCACAAACAAGUAGGAGCCUGUCGCAAUUAAAUGUGGGAACACCUCCAUGGAAACUGUACUUGAGAGAGAAAAGAAAUCGAUUACUCGGUGUCGGUGAUUGAAUUGCAGUUACAAGAAAUGGCUGACUGUUGGUACUGGUAAUCGGUAUUUUUACCCUUUUUCUGAAUGUUGGUAGGAUCUACUGAUUCCUGAAAUUUAAACUAUUUGCUUUUGUUUUCCAUGAUUGAUGGAUGAAUAGAAAUACGUAGGAGCCAGGCUUUCCUUUCGCACUA